CUCAGAAGAGAAGGAAUGAGGCAAUAUGGUGAAUGCUUGAAUUCCUGCCCUUCAGGGUACUACGGUCUCCGAGCCCCAGAUAUGAACAGAUGUUCAAGAUGCAGAAUAGAGAACUGCGAUUCUUGCUUUAGCCGAGACUUUUGCACAAAGUGCAAGCCUGGGUUUUAUCUCUACCGAGGCCGAUGCUUUGGAGAAUGUCCUGAUGGCUUUGCGCCCUUAGAGGAGACAAUGGAAUGUGUGGAAGGCUGCGAAGUGGGUCCAUGGAGUGAAUGGGGAACUUGCAGCCGAAAUAACAAGACGUGUGGAUUUAAGUGGGGUUUAGAAACAAGAACAAGGCAGAUUGUGAAAAAGCCAGCAAAGGACACGAUACCAUGCCCAACGAUUGCAGAAUCCAGAAGAUGUAAAAUGGCGCUGAGGCACUGUCCAGGAGGAAAGAGGACACCGAAGACAAAGGAUAAGAGGAAGAAGAAAAAGAAUUUAAUGGAAAGAGCGCAGAAGCAACACAGCCUCUUCCUCGGCACAGACCGAGCUGGUCAAUAG